CUCUAUUGAUGUCUCAAGCUGACUGCUCCAUAUCACUCUUUUAGAGUCUCUCGGCCUUCACAUUUUUAGAAGAAAGUGGUUUUCUCUGCUUCAAUGGGAAGCAGUUGCAUGCUGCUACUUGUGCUGCUUCUUCUCAACAUCUGUGAUGUUAACCAGAAUGGACCUGCAAGAGAAGAAAGGCAAGAAGUGUUCCCAUUGUGAUCAUCCUUCGCAAGCUACUUUUAUGGGUCCAGUUUGUCUCUGUUGUCCAGGAAACUCUGAACCAUUCAGCAAUCCGGGACUCUGCUUCUCAAUGCCGGUCAGCUGCUCUUUUGAAGGAGUUAUUUCAGCAGCACAGAAGUCUGCAUGGGAGGUAGGAAAUUCUGCUCCUAUUCCUCCCUCUGCUCCAAGAUUAUCUGUGGAAGAUGUGACCUUGCCUCCCACUUUUUUGCCAGACCGUGCCUGUCUUAUCACUAAGGCAUUUGUGAAGGCAAGGGCUCCUUCUGCUUCCCAAGCACUCCCUGUCAAGAUUAGCAGACCAGUGACUUUACACAGAGCUUUCACAACUCCAUCCUGCACAAAAGCAGUUCCUUUUACUUCAGCUCCUAGAGCUCCAAAGGAAGCGAAGAUGGAUUUCAGAGAGUAUAAAAGAUUAUCAGCCAAAGGGAAUUCAGUGCAAGCAAUGUCCCUGAUUCCUUUCAUAAGUGACUCCUUUGAGGAAGGGGAAGUGAUGUCCUCUGAGCCUGAGGAAGGGCCAUAUGAACCACAUUCAUCCAGCAAAUCCCUGAUAGAAGUAAAGGGGAGAUCCUCUACCAAGGUUACCCAAGUCUCCUCUGACUUCACUGAGGAAGGGGAAGUGGUGUCCUCCGAGCCUGAAGAAACACCUGGUGAAACAGACUCAUCUCGAAGAUUCCUGAUUGAGGAUCUACCCUAUCUGUGCAAAUAUUUUAUGAAGCAACUCAGGCUAAAACAUUAUACCUCACGAAGUGGCUCAAGGAAAUUGCCCCAUCUUGUGGAGGAGAAGCCAGAUGAUACCAUUCCCCUUCACCCAUCCAUCAGUGCCUUAAUUAAAAACAUCUGGCAGGCUCCAGAUGCUCAGUUUAUAUUACCUACUCAUCUGGCUAAGCUUUACAAACUUCCAGCUGGGAAAAGUAACCUGUGGGCCUCUGCACCAAGAGUUGAUUCUACAAUAGCAUCUCUCUUCACCAAAUCUUCACGUCCUGAUGAGGGAGAAACUGUUCUCAUGGACCCUUUAGAACAUAAGGUAGAUGAGGCUCUUAAGAGUGCCUAUGAAUUUGCUACCAUCCAGCUUUCAGUCUCCAUUUACUCCCUGUAUGCAGCCAGGUCACUGGUGGAAUGGCUAAGGAAAUUAUUGCCCCACUCUAAGAGGCCUGUUUCUAGGUCAUCUCGCAAGGUGUGCACCCUUUGUGAUCUGGCAUCCCGCUAUCUUCAUGAUGCAGCCCAGGAUUCCCUCCACCUGGCUGCCCAUAACAUAGCAACUCUCACAGUGGCUAGGAGAGCCCUCUGGCUCCGUCCCUUAACAGGUGGGGAACUUUCAGCCAAACUCAAACUUGUUGGCCUUCCUUAUGAUGGGAGUCAUCUCUUCGGGGAAACCUUAGACCAGGCCUUAAAGGAUCUUUCAAAGAGUACAGUUACGCCAGGAGAUCAAGAAAAACCUCAGGCCUCUAACUCCUCCCAUGCCUCCAACAGGCCUAACAGGGGUGUCAGGUAUCCUCUCUCCUCAUAUAGACCUGGCAGGUAUAGAUACAGGUAUCCGGUAAACCAGUCCGUCCACUUCUCUGGCUACAGGGGAAGAGGUAGGACCAACAAAUACCAGCCUCACCAAGAAUUCUGA